AUGCCACUAUCAACGCUUUCACCCCGUCGGCCAGCAAAACAAUCACGAGCAACAUCAGCAACACCACUACGAACAACGCAGCAAGAAAUUGAAAUAACCGAUUUAGUGACACCUGUUAAAUCAACAGUUAUUAUUACACAAGCAAAUUAUACAAUACGUACACUUACUCUUUACAAUCAGCAACGCCGAUCAAUUUUACCAACAUUUCCAACACUAAUUUAUAAUCAUGAUCCAGAUUUAUUAUUAGCUAAGGAUCAUUAA